AUGGAACAAGAUGUUAUAAAUUUGAAAAACCAUACUACUCAAUAUAAAGUACUGAAAGAUGAAGAGAUAAAACAAAAAGCCCUGAAGACAUAUAUGGAUAGCGAUGAGUAUAAAAAAGAAGUUGAAGCAAAUGUAAAGGCAGAAAAACUUUUACAGUUGCAAAACCAAACCGUACAGUAUGAAAACUUAGCACAAGAAAGUAAAAAUAACGACGCAGCCAUGCAAAAGGCAAUGAAAAGCGCAGAAUAUAUAAAAGCUAACAAUGACUGGUUAGAUGCCCAAGCCAACGCUAAAGCAGCCCAACUUAUAGGGUCAAUAAGGACAAAAAUACAAGCGGAUGAAGACAGUUCAAAUGAAGCUUUAAUGAAUGCUGACUUUAAGAACGCCUUCGAAGCUCUUCAUAGUAAGGUGAAACUAGUGAACGACUUCUCAUCUGGAAAGAAACUGAAGUCUGAAGGUUUCGACAAAGAGUUAAGAGAAGUAGCACAAAAUAUGACGAAAAUAACAGAUGCAGCAACGAGACAGGCAGUUCAAAGUGCCUAUGACGCCGUUAGAGCAACUGUUGUGGAAAGUCAAGAAAAAGAGUUACAACAGACCAAAACAGACCUAGUAAAUGCUUUCUUAAAAACGAAAAGUCAGGUAG